UCCUCUAUUAAUAAUGGACCGAUUAAACCAGGGCUGCUCCAAGAGUUUCCAAAAAAUGUGUCAAUGUUACAUGGCGAUGUCAUACCCAAAUAACCCUAUCAAGACUAAUUACAUAAAAGCUCAAAUUGGAAUAGUCCUAUAACCAGGGACACAGAUCUACAAUUCAUCCAAUAGAAUUCAAAACUUGAUGAGUUUAUCAUUUAUGAUCACUCUCAAGAUUCUGAUUGUUUAACCCAAAGCUUUCAAGAUAUGAAACGCAUGUUAUCAAAUUAGAUGUAGGUGAGUGAUAAUAUAUGACUAGGUUCAAGAGAUAGGUUCAAGUAUUUCAUAUAAGUAUACGUAUUUUGGACUGAAAUUCGAUAUACUUUUAUCAAUGCUGAUUGUGAGGGCAGGACUUCUUUCAACAAUUUAGUGAUAGAUGUUAUUGGUACAGAUACAAAUAAAAAUUAAUUAUACUUAUUUGAUCUUCAAUACACAAAAUGAUUGGCUGCUGUGAUUCGCAAUUUUCACAACAUACAAAUGUGUAACGAAUGGAUAAUUGUAGAUUUAAGAUCGUAAUUACCUCAGGGCUUCAUUAAAGAUUCAGAGUAGCACAAAAAGCUUCUCUAAAAUGUUUUUAAAAUGAAAAUUCAUCAAAAAGGUCUGGCUCUUUGACCUUUAUGUAAAUAAAAUUCAGUAGAACUGUGACUGGGCUGAGGCACAUUUCCAUGUUUGCCUACUACUACGUCUAUAUAAUAAUAAAAAUGCUUCUAGCUUUACACGAGUAAAAAAAUAUUUAUGCAUAUGCUCAAAAGUACCACUGGUUCUUUUUUUAUUUUUUUGUGAGUGUCGGGUCUAAUGAAUUUGUUUUCAGUAUUUUCACAUUAUUAAUCUCACCGGCAGAGUUUCUAUCUUCUGAUUGUCAGGGGCCAAAAGCAAGAGCACAUAAUUGAUUUAUUUAUCAGUACACAGAACUACUAAAAAUGAAGCAUUAUCACAUGCUUAUAAAGUCACAAUUCAAACCAUUAUUCAAAAGAAAGUCAAGGAUCAAUUAUGAGUUUUCUGGAGUUAAUUCACAUUAUAGGCCAGGGGCAGAGUUUGUGAUUGGUGGAUUGGCUGCAAUGGGCUCUGGUUGUUUUACAAAUCCCAUUGACGUGGUAAAGAUCCGACUACAGCUGCAAGGAGAGUUGGAGGCUCGUGGCUCUUAUACAAAACUUUACAAAAACACUAUGCACGCAGCAUAUGUUGUUGCAAAGCAUGAAGGAAUUUUUGCUCUGCAGGCUGGUUUCAUACCCGCGAUAGCAUUCCAGUUUGUUCUCAAUGGCGUCAGACUAGGAGUUUUUAAUAUUGCAAAAAAACAUGAACUCACACUGAAUGCUAACGGUCAAACGAGCAUUUUAAAAACUGCUUUGAUAACUGGCUGUGCUGGUGCAGUGGGAUCUAUUCUGGGUAGUCCUCUUUACCUGGUAAUAUGCUACAACAUAUUUUUCUCAAGUUAUUCUGGCUACACUUUUUCUUUCAAUAUGAAACAUAUGGAUCUACAAUUUCUGCAGGUCAAAACGCAACUGCAAGCUCAAGCUGCAUCUACAAUAGCAGUUGGCCAUCAACACCAUCACAGUGGCACAUGGCCUGCAUUUCAGAAGUUAUGGAAUGAAGGCAAAUUUCGCGGUCUUUAUCGGGGAUGGAACGCAGGGGUCCCCCGACUUUUCAUAGGAUCUGCAACUCAACUAACAAUGUUCAGUCUGAUGUUGGACUGGAUGAAAUAUUUCAAUGUAUGUCCUGAAAAUCAAAUCCUUGCUACAUUUUGGGCUAGUUUUUACGGUGGUACGUGUGUAGCCUUAACUAUGCAACCAUUUGACGUUGCUGCUACAAGACUGUAUAAUCAAGGAGUAGAUGCCAAAGGCAAAGGACUUUUGUAUAAUGGGGUGAUUGAUGCAUUAAUUAAAAUAGCCAAGGUAGAGGGAAUUUUUGGAUUGUACAAAGGUACAUUUCCAACGUGGUUGCGGAUAGCACCUCACACGGUUUUAUGCUUGGUGUUUUAUGAAGAAAUUGACGGAAUAUACUCCAAAUUGACCAGUGAAUCUCAGUGAUAAAAUAUGAUUGUUACUUAAUUGAAUUAUAAUUUAGAUAGUUAAUUUUGUUCUUUUUUUUUUUCUUUUAAAUGCUCACUAUCCAGCGAAUGUUGUAAAAUGGUGCUGUUAAAGAUGGAUUAAUAUAUUACUUAAUAGUGACUCAA